AUGAAGUUAAUCGACGACGGCGCCGGUGGCCGGAAAGUGUUGGUCGGAGUAAAAUUAGAUCCCCGCAGCCGCGAGUUGCUGACGUGGGCACUCGUUAAGGUCGCUGAGCCCGGUGACCUCGUCAUCGCUCUUCACGUUCUCGACACCGUAACUGAGGGAACAUCGUCGCUUCUGUCUCUCGUGAAGACGUUCGAUUCAGUUCUCGCCGUUUACGAAGGCUUCUGCAAUUUGAAGCAGGUUGAUCUUAGGUUGAAAGUGUGUAGAGGUGAUUCGGUUCGGAAGCUUCUAGUACAAGAGGCGAGAGCGUUUGGAGUUUCGACGGUGAUUCUAGGAACUUCGAAAUCUCAUCAUACUAUCCGUUCGUCUUCGUGGGUUGCUAAGUAUUGUGCGAAGAAAUUGCAUAAGUGUGUUUCUGUUUUCGCUGUUGAUAAUGGAAAAAUUGCUUUUCAGAGAGAAGCUAGUGAUCAAGGGAAAUUACAGGAAGGUUCACAUUUAUCAUCGAGAUCGAUGGUGAUUUUUACUCAUAAAAGUGUGAAGAAUUGUGAAAGUUGUGCUCUGCGAGAGAUUUCUGAAACCGAAUAUAAUAAAGGGGAGUUGUUGCUUGAUGAUUGUGAAACGGAAAACCCGCUUGCUAUGGUACCGUUUCAAAAGCUUGAAGAUGAUUCCGUGGUGGGAAAUUCUAAACAGACAAAACCUGGUUGGUCACUCAUUCGGAAUGUGUUUCAGCAUAAAAAGCAUACAUCGAAGUCUUCACCGAAAAAUACAUAUGUUUUUCAACGGGCAAUACGACAUUCCAGCAGCCAGUCUUCAGCUGUAGUUUAUCCGGAUCAUAAACAGAUUAAUAUUGAUCAAGUCGAUGAGUCUACCCUGGAUGGGGAGAGUGGUGCCAUUGUGCCGUUUGGAUCUGCUAUUGUCUUACCCCCUCCCACUCUUUGCAGUGAGGCUGGUAGCCUUCCCGAAGAAUUGUUGGUUUUACGAGAGAAGUACUCGGCUUCUUGUAGAUUGUAUAGUUUGCAGGAACUUGUUGCUGCAACUGUAAACUUCUCAUCUGAAAAUUUGGUUGGCAAAGGUGGCAGUAGUGAUGUUUACAGAGGGUGUCAUCCUGAAGGCAAGGAAUUGGCUGUGAAAAUUUUGAAGCCAUCAGAGAAUGUUGUAAAAGAGUUCGCUCAAGAAGUUGAGAUUGUUACAACUUUGCAUCAUAAGAACACAAUAUCUCUAUCUGGUUUUUGCUUAGAGGGAAGCCAUUUAUUACUGGUUUAUGAUUUUUUAUCAAGAGGAAGCCUAGAAGAAAACCUUCACGGUAACAGAAUUGACUAUAAUUCAUUUGGCUGGCAAGAGAGGUACCGAGUGGCUGUGGGUGUAGCCGAGGCCUUGGAUUAUCUGCAUAAUGGCUGUGCCCAAACUGUAAUCCAUAGGGAUGUCAAAUCUUCUAAUAUCCUCCUUUCAGACGAUUUUGAGGCUCAGCUCUCAGAUUUUGGACUGGCUAGUUGGGGUUCUUCUUCUCAUAUUAUUUGUACUGAUGUUGCCGGAACAUUUGGGUACCUAGCUCCUGAAUAUUUUAUGCACGGUAGAGUUACUGACAAAAUUGAUGUAUAUGCUUUUGGUGUUGUACUCCUUGAGCUUCUAUCCAAUAGGAAACCCAUUAACAAUGAAUCUCCGAAGGGCCAGGAGAGCCUUGUUAUGUGGGCAACAUCAAUCUCGAAAAGUGGGAAGAUUUCCCAGUUGCUUGACCCAAGCCUUGGCAGUGAAUACGACGAUUGCCAGAUCAAGAGAAUGGUUUUAGCUGCUACUCUUUGUAUUAGACGAGUUCCUAGAUUGCGUCCUCAAAUCCGAGUUAUACUGAAACUUCUUCAUGGCGAUGAAGAAGUAACAAGAUGGGCAGAACAAGAAGUUUGUGCACCGGAGACACAUGAUGGAUUUGAUGAGGAACCAGUUCGAACAAAUAUCCAGUCCCACCUUAACCUUGCUUUGCUGGACUUGGAGGAUGAUGCAGUUUCUAUCAGUAGCACUGAGCAAACUGUCUCAUUGGAGGACUAUUUGCAAGGAAGAUGGAGUCGCUGCUCAAGUUUUGACUAA